CUUUUUACUCCAACAAACAAGCGUUUACAACAAAAACCUGAGGUUUGUUUUGUAGAAUAUACACAAUGUUGUUGUCUUGGACAUUCUGUCCGCCUCUUUGUCUUCUGUUUGUCCUUCUGGCUUUGAAGUUACAUACUACACAUUCUGCUCCAGAUUUCUCUGUAUAUCUUUACAACAUUCUGAGGAACCACACUGCCCACGCUUGUGAAGGGGACACACUCACUAUAGCGUGUCCUUCCAGGACGUCUGUGGCCAUCCUAUCAGCGUUCUAUGGGCGACGGGUACCUAAUCAGCAUUUGUGCCCUUCUACGAACACAAACAAAAUGCUGGAUGAGGACACAGAGUGCACUUCACAUGUUGUUACUGAGAAAGUGCUGUCAGAAUGUCAGGACCGGCACUCGUGUCACAUCCCAGUCCUCGGCCCAGUGUUUGGGAAGGACCCCUGCCCGCUCACCCGCAAAUACCUUGUAGUCUCAUACAAGUGCCAACCAGAGCACCACCGUACCAGGCUGGUGUGUGAAAAUGAGCGUCUGAGGUUGAUGUGUAACAAUGACACUGUCCUUGCCAUCUACUCUGCCACUUUUGGACACCUGCUUCACGGCAGCCCCUACUGUCCUCAGGAAUCUGGGCCAAAGACUGACAUGGAAUGUCUGUCGCCUUCGGCUUUGAGAAAGGUAUCACGUAGGUGUCACGGCAGGCCACACUGCUCACUACUAGCUGACACUGUAACCUUUGGGGACCCCUGCUUCCCUGGUACAAGGAAACACCUUCGAGUGUCCUUCACUUGCGUUCCUCGAUAUCUUCUGGAAGAUAUGGGCCGAGGGACAACAGAUCCUUUCAUGAUCUCAGACUACACACAUGGUGGAUGGUACACCGGCCCCACCUACAGGCCUCAAAACACGUUCUUAACCAACUCUCUGGAGAUCAUUGACAAAAUACUGGGUCUCCCAGAGAGAGUGGCUCUGUACUUUGUCUCUGGUAUCUGUGCUGGUCUGGUUUUCCUGCUCUGUGUGUUUGGUGUUCGCUCCACACUGCUGAGGGAUGCAAAGGAUCUGGUUUCUGACAUAGGUGAUGAACUGAAAGCGUCUCGCAGGCGACACAAGGAGCUGAUGGAAGAUCUCUAUGAGGAUGACGUCUCAGACACAGAAUCCCUUCGUCACCUUACACACCCUUGCCGUAUGACAGAUAACUUUCGUCCCGCUGUUAUCGCAGUAGAGUUGACUGAUCGAGAGAUGGACCCAGUGAGGGAUCUAUCUAACGGAGACAUUUGGCCACCUCAAGACUCCAACCCUUACAGUAUUCACAAGAUUAAGGCCUACAACAUUUAGAGGGGUUAGAUUAUGCAUAUAUACCGAUAUUGAUACUUUUUUAAAAUUAAGGUGAAAGCAUCAUGAAAUUGCUAAAUCUGAAUGAAUUUUCAUGACCGUUAAGUGUUGUUGUGAUUUUUUUCCUUUGGAUUAUUAAUGAGUUAGAACCCAGGU